AUGCGUGAGCGCAGCGCGACGACCAUCCGCCAGAGCGCCAGAGCCCGCGGCGGCGCGCGGACGAUGCCGCGUUGCCUUUACGCGGCCCUCCUCCUUGCAGCCGCUGCCUCUGCCGCAGCUUGGACUCCCUCAACGCAAUCCCUUCAUCUCAAUCCAAAAACACAUACAGCAAAUACAACAAAACACCUCCAACUCCUUGGCUGGCAUUUAGAACUUCAGGAGAACAGAGCCAUACGUUCCCCUUAUUAUAACGAAUGCCAAUUUUAUAGAGGACGUAUACUUUAUGAAGAGGAAUCGUCAGCUACGGUAACCGAGUGCGACGGACAACUUUACGGUCUACUACAAAUAGGAAAGGAAGAGUUCGUCUUGCAACCGAACCAACCUGGUUCCAAUCACGUGUUACGGAGAAGAGACGUGAUGUGGUCAGAUCGCCCUGUCGAGUACAAUCUCACAGGCGAUACGGUCACCGACCUUGAACUUGACUUCGAGGAAGAUGACGUUUCGACACCGCAUGUGCGCCUGAGACACAGCGAUAACUCGGAUAUCGAGUAUUUUCGUGAAGUGCGUCCUGUUACUAGAUCUGUAUCAGGUGUGAAUGGACUUUGGCUGGAGAUGGCCAUUGUGGCUGAUCAUACUAUGCUGAAAUUCCAUGGGCGCGAGCGAGUGAAGCAUUACAUUUUAGCUUUAAUGAACAUAGUCAGUGCUAUCUUUAACGACCCGUCGUUGGAUGCUAAUAUAACACUCGUUAUCAACAAAUUGUUUUUGUAUGAAGAGAAGGAUCCUAUAAUAAAGUUUGGAAAUGUAAAGAAAUCUUUGGAAGCUGUAAAUAAAUGGAAUUAUAGACAUCUUAUGAAGAUACCAUUAGAAAGCACUGGAUGGGACGCAACAAUAUGGCUCACGAGGGCGCAGCUCGGCGGUCCCUCGGGCUUCGCCCCCGUUGGCGGGGUCUGUUCUAAAACCCGGUCAGCUGCCAUCGACAGGGACGAGGGGCUCACCAGCGCAUUCGUCAUCGCACACGAAUUGGCCCAUCUGUUGGGGCUGACACACGAUGGGGAUGGACAGUGCGAGAAGGACUCGCUUCGAGGGUCUGUCAUGUCGCCAACAGUACUUGCAACCCUCCAAAAUUACGCAUGGUCUUCGUGUUCCAAGGAACAAUUCCAUGAGAAGUCCAAGAAAUGGUGGUGUCUGCAUCAAAGGAGUCAAGAUGAUGGUGUCGAGUUGGGAGGAGCCAAAGAAGUCUCUAACUACGUGUUCACUAUGGACGAGCAAUGCAGAACUGAAUUUGGUGAAGGUUUCUCUGUGUGCAAGACGAUGAAACUGAAGUCUGCAUGUUCGCGGCUUUGGUGCGCACAUCGAGCCAUGCCUCAUGUGUGUCGCUCAAAACGCGCACCGCCAAUGGAAGGAACUCCUUGUGGGCCCAAUAAGUGGUGCGUGGACCGUGUAUGUGAGCCUAUGCCAGGCCACUUGGAUUCAAAGGUUGAAGAACCAGCGGUCCCUGAAUGGGACCAAUGGGGUCCGUGGAGUGACUGCAGCGCUGACUGUGGCUAUGGACUACGCAGACGGCUUAGAAGAUGUAGAUAUAAAGGGUCUAUCUCGGAGGGUGCGUGUGAAGGUGCCGGCUCUCAAGUAGCGACAUGCUGGUCUGGUACAGUGUGUGCAGACACGAGAGAUGUACGUGCCGACAUGUGUGCGCGUCAGGAUCGCCUAUUCAUACCUUACAUACAUCCUAAUGAAACUAAACACUGUGAGAUUUGGUGCGUACCACUUGCGGGUGGAGAAGCCUCUACAUUUGGUGCUUUACCUGAUGGUUCAUCUUGCAGUUAUGAUCGACCCUAUGAUAUUUGCUUCCAGGGAACAUGCGUAAGGGGGCAGUGUAAUAGUACAGACUCGGAAUGCAACUGGUGUCCUGAUGGAUACUGCAACAACAAUACGCAUGUGUAUACCAGAAUGCUCGGAAAAGGUUGGACCCGUAUGGCAGUUAUUCCACACGACGCCCACCAAGUUUCAGUUCACAUAACAACCCCAGUGGCCCUAAAUCUCGCAACACGUGAGCGCAAGCGAGACAGACAUAUACUUGAGUUAAGCAAGCACAGUAAACGUUUUGAAAUAGACAACUAUCAAGAUAGAUAUUUGAAAUACGACCCGAAUGUACCACAGAAUUUGCAGAUUGUUGAGUUCGAUAACAAUGUUAUUGAUAUUAAGGAAGGAGUGCAUUAUGCUUGGGAAGGUUUCGCAGUGGCAGCUGGGACGCUUCUGAGGUGGAAACAAACUGACAGUGAUAUUUAUAUCACCGCCGAAUCGAGGCUUCAGACGGAUUUAAUGAUAAUGGCUGUUCCUGAAGAACCUGUACCUAAUGGUGAGCUGAUGAGCGUGGUAAUAUCAGUGAACCAUAGUACGCCUGCUAGCCGAUCCAGACCAAUGGAAUACAGGUGGUCUACAGAGCGUGGUCCAUGCUCUGUAUCUUGUGGAGGAGGUGUACGGCUUGUUAAACCACGGUGUCCUCAAGGAGUUCAACGAUGUGCUCUGAACCGAUACGAGCGAUGUAAUACACACAGUUGCGAAUUCAAAUGGGCUGCAGGCGAAUGGGAGGAAUGCAGCACUACCUGUGGCCAAGAGGGGAUUCAGGAGAGGCAACUAUUUUGCCUGCCUGCAAAUGACAGCGCGUCAUCAAGACUGGACCUAAUUAGGCAUAGUGUAUCGCCAGCCUUGUGUCCAUCAGAGAAGCCUCAUGAGCAGCAAUCGUGCAACAGAAUACCAUGUCCAGUGUACUGGCAAGAGUUGCCGUGGACACCGUGUUCAACCACAUGCGGGCGUGGUGUAUCACAUCGUCCUCUAACAUGUCCCGCGUCAGACGAUCUCUUCUGCGGUCCGAAGCCACGUGAGCGCAGACGUCGCUGCCGCCUCCGCCGAUGCCCUACCACCCGCACCCCUCGCCCCUGUCCUGCACAAGACGCCACUCAGUACUGCGAAUUCUUCAGUGCUGAUGAAAUGAAACGAAACUGCGCAGUGCCACCUUUCAGAAAAUAUUGCUGUAACGCGUGUAGAGAUGUCGAUAAUACCAUAAAGAAAAGAAACUUGGGAUGAACACUUUAGCUAAUUGAUUUGUAUAUAAAAAAUUUCUAGCUUACAUUAUAAAUAAUAACAUCGCUGACUGAUCCAAAUUCCAAAUAGAAGUAAAAGUAGGCGUGUGUCAUUGCAUAUAUGUAUGUAUUCUACUGCAUAAAAUAGAGCUUCUUUAUAAAUCGACUUGAUUUUUCAACUAAAAUAAUUCUUAGUAUUUGAUUAAUAGAAUCAAACGUUACCUUGAGGAAGCCGUAACUAAAUUUUAAACUAAAUCGGUGAUUAUGUGUUAAAGCUGUUUAAUAUAGUACUUUUCCAGUACAUUUGUAAUCUUAGAUAAGUAUUCAUCAAGAAUAUGUACCAG